AUGUAUUCGCCAAGCAAGUCAUGCCUGAUUUCCUUAUUUGAGAAGGUGACAGGUUCUGUGGAUGGUGAAGCUGUGGUUGUAACAUACCUUGACUUUAGCAAGGCUUUUGACACUGUCUACCAAGAUGUACCAUCUGUAGGUUACUACCUAGGAAAGGAAAACCAAACCAAUGUGACUGAAUUUAUUCUUUUGGGACUUUCCAGUGACCCACAGGUUCAAAUUUUACUGUUCUGCGUGUUUUUGGUGAUAUACCUAAUCACCCUAGCAGGGAAUACAGUCAUCAUGUUGGUGAUAAGAGCUGACUCUCACCUUCAUACCCCCAUGUAUUUCUUCCUGUCUCAUCUAUCCAUUGUCGAUAUCUGCUAUUCCUCAGUCACUGUCCCGAAGAUGCUGGCAAACUUACUAGCAACGCAUAAAUCUAUUUCUGUUAAUCUUUGCUUUACCCAGAUGUUCUUCAUCCUUCUUUCAAGUACUUGUGAAUUAUCCAUGCUCUCAGCCAUGGCUUAUGACCGCUAUGCUGCCAUAUGUAGCCCCCUGCAUUAUGCCAGGACUAUGAACAAAAGGGUGUGCAGGCAGCUAGUGGGUGGAUCUUGGACAAUGGGUCUUAUGUAUUCACUUGUUAACACGGUUCCUGUAUUCAAGUUGCACUUCUGUGGGCCCAAUGAAAUUGGGCAUUUCAGCUGUGAGCUUCCCCCACUACUAGCAAUAUCCUGCUCUGGGACAUUCACAAACAAAAUAGCUCUUCUUUGUUGUGCUGUCAUCCUUGGUUUUGGCACUUUCCUCCUCACAUUGGUUUCCUACAUACAUAUCAUCUUCACCAUCUUGAGGAUACACUCUGCAGAGGGUAGACGUAAAGCCUUCUCCACCUGCAGUUCCCACCUCCUUGUGGUGGGUUUAUUGUAUACAGCAGGUUUUCUUCAGUACAUGAAACCCAGUUCCAGCUCUUCAGUGAUCCUCGAUCAAGUUGUCUCCAUCCAGUACAGCAUCUUAACCCCCAUGUUAAACCCCAUCAUCUAUAGUCUGAAAAAUAAAGAAGUAAAAACAGCCUUGGGCAGAAUUUUCACUAAAAAAUUCAAGUUCUCAACUCAUGUAAAUAGAAUACAACUGUAA